AUGAUGAAGUUUGUGGUUCUUGCUCUCUUUGUUGUUGGUGCCUACGGGUGCGGCCUGCCCACUUUCCCCCCUGCGGUGACCAGGGUGGUUGGAGGACAGGAUGUCAAGCCUCACAGCUGGCCCUGGCAGAUUUCCCUGCAGUACAACAGACAGGGUGAGUGGAGACACACCUGUGGAGGUACCCUGAUCUCCCACCAGUGGGUCCUCACUGCUGCUCACUGCAUCAGCAACAGCAAGGAGUACAGAGUGGCCAUGGGAAAGCACAACCUGAAAGUGACAGAGGAGGGUGCUGUGUUCAUGGGCACCGCCAACAUCAUUGUGCAUGAGAAGUGGAACCCCCUGUUCAUCCGUAAUGACAUCGCCCUGAUCAAGCUGGAGUCCCCUGUUACCCUCUCUGACUCUAUCAUGGCUGCUUGUCUCCCUGCUGCCGGCUUCAUCCUCCCCCAUGAUGCACCCUGCUACGUCACCGGAUGGGGUCGCAUCAAAACCGGAGGUCCCAUCGCUGACAUCCUGCAGCAGGCUCUCCUGCCUGUGGUGGACCACGCCACCUGCACCAAGCCUGACUGGUGGGGAGCUAUGGUGAAGAACACCAUGGUCUGUGCGGGCGGAGACGGAGUUGUGUCUGGUUGCAACGGAGACUCUGGCGGCCCUCUGAACUGCCAGAGCGCUGAUGGCGCCUGGGGGGUUCACGGUAUCGUCAGCUUUGGCUCAGGCCUCAGCUGCAACUUCCCAAAGAAGCCCACUGUCUUCACCCAAGUCAGCUCCUACAUCGACUGGAUCAGCUCCAAAAUGGUGGCCUAUUGAGAGGACAGUCUUUUGGGAUGAAAGCUACUUUGUGGACAUGUAAAAUAAAUGAUGUGGAACUAAAUAAAAAGUCAAGACUUUG